AUGCUAGACAUUCAAAUAGGAAAAUAUGCCAUUUUUGUCGACAAGGUUGAGGCCGUUAGACGGAGAAUUGAUCUUUUAGCUCAAUGGCCCGUGUCCCCUUUAUUAGUUGAAUACAAGGACGCACGGCUCUCGCCGCGUCAUCUCAUAAUUAGGGCGGAGUCUCCAAUUGAGGUUCCCUUGGAGCCGUUACAACAUCCUAUUAACGAGGAGGAGGCACGUUGGGUGGUGCGUGGUGUUUUGCGGGCCUUAUAUGCUCUUCAUAGCCGUCGAUUGGUGCAUGGCCACUUACGUCUGGAGGUGCUUCGCAUGCAUCAUGCCUCACGAAGAAUUGUCCUAACGCAACAUGUGCUUCCUAUAGACUUGUUUACGCCUUCCAGUGAUGUGGGACGAGAAGUUUGGCGCGGUUGUGCGCCGGAGAUCAAGCGUAAUUCUGUGUUUAGUUACAGUGCUGACAUUUGGGCGCUGGGAGCCGUCUUUUUGCAGCUCUUGGCACCUGCAGGAAAAGUGUUGGAAACGGAAGAUUUGUUAGCGGUUGAUGUUCUCUCUCCCGAUGUCAAUUCGUUGAGUCCUUCUGCUGUCAGUUUUGUCGUGCAAUGUCUCCAGGAGGAAGCGGGAGGUCGUCCUACCAUUGCGGAGCUGCUCAUGCAUCCAUUUCUUAUUGAUAAAGACGAUGAAUUUGACAGCUACGAGAGUGAAGAGGAGAGUACCGACGAGUAA